CCACUCCAGUUCCUAGAUUAGUGCGUGCGUCAGUCUGUAGUAAAAAUUCGAAGUGGCAAGACACGCAUUAUCUAACGAUGGUGUUAUCAAUGGAUCGCUGGACAGGCAAAGUCGCCGUGAUAACCGGAGCUAGUGCCGGUAUAGGGGCCGCUAUCGCCAAACAACUAGUCGAAGAAGGCCUCCAGGUGGUGGGCUUAGCCCGACGUUCCGAACGCGUUGAAGACCUCGCCAAACAACUUGAAGGUAAAAAAGGGAAACUCCACGCCGUUAAAACUGACAUAUCGAAAGAAGAAGACAUCCUGAAAGCUUUCAAGUGGGUAUCAGACAAUUUAGGGCCCGUCCAUAUCUUGAUAAACAACGCCGGAAUCAUCCAACAAACCAAUCUAACAGAAGGCGACACCGAAAAAUGGAAGAAAAUUUUCGACACGAACGUCCUCGGUUUGUGCAUUGCCACAAGAGAAGCCGUCAAAAUCAUGAAAGCUAACAAAAUUGAUGGCCACAUUGUUCACAUCAACAGUGUAGCAGGUCAUAAGGUACCUAAUUUUCCGGGAUUGAAUGUGUAUCCGGCAUCUAAAUAUGCUGUGACGGCUCUCACGGAAACUCUGAGGCAAGAGUUGAACCAUUUGGGACUUAAAAUAAAAAUUACGAGUGUCAGCCCAGGUCUUGUCGGUACUGAAAUUUUUGAAGCUAACAACUCGAGCAUAACGGCUGAACAACUGCAAAAAAUGAAUUCUCUGGAAUCAGAGGAUAUUGCUGAUUCCGUGUUGUACGUGUUAUCGACACCACCUCAUGUUCAGGUGCACGAAUUAACUAUUAAGCCGGUCGGAGAAACUGUCUAAUUCGUUACUAGUUAGUUUUUUGUGUAUCAGUAUUCAAAUAAACUCGUGUAGAAAA